GGAAGGAGCUUUUUGACAGAUGGCUAGAUUCCUUCUUCUCUGUUGCCUCUUCGCGGCGGUGCUAACGUCAUCAUUGACGGAGGCCGGCGACAAUAAUCAAGUCUACUCGCCUUGUUCAGAUUCUACUGUUGCGAUCGGCGAUGGAUUCACUUUCGGCAUUGCCUUCGCGGCGAGAGAUUCUUUCUUCAGUACAAAUCGUUCCGAUCAUGUUCAGUACUCUCCCUGCGAUCGUAGCCGUCUCUCGCUCAACGGUAACUCUGAGGUCGCCGUGUUCAGACCUAAAGUCGAUGAGAUCACUCUCCUUACCAUCAAUACCUCUAGUUCCUCCAGUUUCCGUCCGGAUGCUUCAAAGGGAUAUAUGGUAGCAUUCGCUGGUGCAAAAUACGCUGCAAGAUCAAUCCCAAUUAUGGUUGCAGACAGCAAUCACAUCGUGACAAGCUUCACCCUUGUUCUUGAGUUCCAGAAGGGCAGGCUUGAGGAAAUGUUCUGGAAGAAAGACGGAUGCUCGAAAUGUUCUGGAGAUUCGAAAUUCGUGUGCCUCAACAAAGAAGAAUGUGCAAUCAAGACGCAAAGCUGCAAGAACCAAGGAGGACAAGUAGAUUGUAGCUUGGGGAUCCAAUUGGCGUUUUCAGGCACGGAUAAGCACUACACUGCGUUGAAUUCGUGGUAUGAGGUUGCAAAUCUGAAGCAGUACUCGCUCUAUGGCCUCUACUCCAAUCUUAAGGACUCACUAACCAACCCAUUCAAAAACAUCUUCUGAUGACUUUCUUUCUCCUUUGUGUGGUGCUACUCUUGUAAUUUUGUAUUAUUUUUCUCGCCUUCUUUCUUUUGUUUUAUUUCUUUCCUAUGAUUUAUGCUAUAUAUUGUAUUUUAUUACUUGGCGUGUAACAUUUUCAUGAAUUAAAUAGUCAGAAUACUC